CAGGAAACCGCUUGGUCUUCGUCCUCACUACAGACACACACACAGACUGAACAUCUGCUGCAAGCUAACGUUGGAUUGGUGAGAGAUAUGCUUGCUUGUCCCGCAGUUUUCAGGGUAACGUUAACGCCGACAACGUUAGCUAGUUGAGGCAGCUACCGGUAACGUGAGCCCGAAUGCGCUUGCCACUUAUACGAAGAAUUGGAUGCAUACACGAACAAUACGAAGCAAGAGAGGACGCAAAUUAACACUGAAUAUGCUUUCUAAAUUCCAACCAUGACGAGCUCUGCCCCAUCACCUCUUCACUCUGAGACAGAAUGGCUUCCAGAUCAGAGGAGGAUCUCUGCUGUCCGGUCUGUAGUGACGUCUUUAGAGAUCCUGUCGUCCUGUCGUGUAGCCACAGCUUCUGUAAAGACUGUCUGCAGAGCUGGUGGACGGAGAAACCAACACAGGAGUGUCCAGUUUGUAACAGAAGAUCUUCAAGGGAUGAACCACCUUUAAACCGGGCAUUAAAGAACCUGUGUGAGGCCUUCUUACAGGAGAGAGAUCAGAGAUCUUCAGAGGCUCUCUGCAGUCUGCACUCUGAGAAACUCAAACUCUUCUGUCUGGACCAUCAGCAGCCGGUGUGUCUCGUCUGCAGAGAUUCAGAAACACACUCCAACCACAGAUUCAGACCCGUCGAUGAAGCUGCACGACAACACAAGAAGGACCUUCAGGGAACUCUGGAGCCCGUAAAGAAGAAGUUAAAAGUUUUUGAACGAGUAAAAGAGGAGUGUGAUAAAACAGCAAACCUCAUGAAGGUCCAGGCCCAACGCAUAGAGAUGCAGAUUAAGCAUCAGUUUAAGAAGCUUCACCAGUUUCUAGAAGAGGAAGAGGAGGCCAGGAUGGCUGCACUGAGGGAGGAAGAGAAGCAGAAGAGUCGGAGGAUGAAGGAGAAGAUGGAGGCUCUGAGCAGAGAGAUAGCAGCUCUUUCAGACACAGUCAGAGCCACAGAGGAGCAGCUGAGAGCUGAAGACGUCUCAUUCCUGAUCAACUACAGGGCUGCAGUGGAAAGAGUCCAGCAGCGCCCCCUGCUGGAUGAUCCACAGCUGCUCUCAGGAGCUCUGAUAGACGAGGCCAAACACCUGGGCAACCUCAGCUUCAACAUCUGGAACAACAUGAAGGACAUGGUCUCCUACACUCCUGUGAUCCUGGACCCAAACACUGCUCAUCCAGAACUCAUCCUGUCUGAAGAUCUGACCAGCGUGAGACGAGGAGGAGAGAGACAGCAGCUUCCUGAUAAUCCAGAGAGGUUUGAUGAUUACAUCUCUGUCCUGGGCUCUGUCCUGGGCUCUGAGGGCUUUAACUCAGGGACUCACAGCUGGGAUGUCGAGGUCGGAGACAGUACAGACUGGGAACUGGGGGUGUUAGCAGAGUCUUUCCAGAGGAAGAGAUUCAUAGGGUCUGGAUUAUGGAGCAUAAUGUUCUCUCAAGGUAAAUGCUCAGCGUGGUCAUGGCUAGCGCGACCCACUGUUCUCAGAGUGCACGUGAAGCCCCAGAGGGUCCGAGUGACUCUGGACUGUAACAGAGGAAAGCUGUCGUUCUCUGAUCCUGACACUAACACACACAUACACACCUUCACACACACUUUCACUGAUAGGCUGUUUCCAUACAUUUACACUUGGGAAGAACUCCCACUGAAGAUAUCACCACAGAAGGUCUGUGUGACAGUGGAACACUAUCUUUCACCCAGCGCACCGCAAAGCAAGUGUCUUUUCUGGUUUAAGACCGACCCAGUUGUCAGUUUCCCGUCCAGCGCCCGCAUCGUUUAAAUAACAAAUGCACCUGCGCCCAUCUGUGGCCCAUGGGCGUGCUGGUCUUACAGGGAGGUGUGUUCAGGUGCAUUCUGGGCGUAUUGCUAUCUUGAGGCAGAGGGAAAUGAUCGCCUUGAUUAUAUUACAGUCAGCGUCCACUAAAAGUUCUGUUGUUGCUGCUGACAGACUCAGAUUAUUAUUCUAAGUGUCUGACAACAUUAUGAAAGGAUCCCUACAGAGA